UUGGUAUAAAAUAUAUUCAUUGAAAUUGACUGUUGUUUUGGUCAGCAAAACAAUUGAUGACUUUUAUUGACAUUAAUUAUAUGUAAAACAAUUGAGUCAUUGAUUGUUAUUAUAUAUAAAUAUAUUUGCGUUUAUAUAAUGAACCGAUUUAUUAAACAUACGUCACGUUAUAGUGGAAUAUUGAGCAAGUUAGUAGCAACCAGUGGUGUAUUGGGCGGCGCAUCCAUUGGUCUGUAUUAUGUGCUAAACGAGUCGGUAAAGGCGUCUGACCUCGAGUUACACCCGCCAUCAUAUCCGUGGCCACACAAUGGCUUUAUCAAGAGCUUGGAUCACUCGGCCAUUCGUCGCGGUUAUGAGGUUUACAAACAAGUGUGUGCCGCGUGUCACGGCAUGAAGUUUGUGGCCUAUAGAGAGCUGGUCGGUGUCUCGCACACGGAAGCCGAAGCCAAAGCUGAAGCCGCAGAAAUUCAAGUAUUGGACGGACCCGGAGAUGACGGCAAGAUGUUUUUACGAGAAGGCAAACUGUUUGAUCACUUCCCGAACCCAUACGCGAACGAGGAGACGGCCCGAUUGGCCAAUAACGGAGCACUGCCACCCGACCUUAGUCUCAUUGUACUGGCCCGACACGGCAACGAGGAUUACAUAUUUUCACUUUUGACCGGCUAUUGUGAUGCACCGGCCGGCGUACAGAUGUCUGAUGGCAUGCAUUUUAAUCCAUACUUUGCCAGCGGUGGUGGACAGACGGCUAUGGCUCAGGCACUUUAUAACGAAGCCAUUGAGUACUCAGACGGCACUCCGGCCACACAAUCACAAAUGGCCAAAGAUGUGGUGACUUUCUUGAGUUGGGCCGCACAGCCGGAACACGACCAGAGAAAGAAAAUGUCAAUCGAUGCGCUUCUCAUAUUAUUACCAUUGACUUUGAUGGUCUGGUAUUGGAAGCGACACAUGUGGUCACAAGUGAAAACCAGAAAAAUACUGUUCCGUCAGGAGAAACCACAGAAAAAAUCUUAACCACCAAACGAUUCAUAACUAUAUAUUAUGUUAUUAUUAAAUAAAUUGUAAGAGUAGUUAUUAUAUUUAAAUUUG